GGGAGAACUUUCUCUUCCUCCCUACCUCCUUCCCUUCCUUUCUUUCUCUGUUUCUUUCUGGUGUGGAUUAAAUUUGACAUGUCAUUAACUGACUAGAAGUUGGGAUCUUUCCUAGCACUAUUUCCAUAAUAAUGAUAUACUGUGCCUAGUUAGCUAAGUGAAAAAGCACAAGGUGAGUAUGAAGGAAAGUGAUGAGAUUUUAUACUUUGUUCAGUAUUUCUUUGAUAUUACAUUAUAGAUGUAGAAAUGACUGUUCAGUUAAUAUAAAAGUAUUGUUGCUCAGGAGAGAAAAACUAGCAGCUCCAGGAUAAAUUAAACCCCAAAAUGUGUUUUGGUUUGGGUUACUACUGUUUUUCAUUUAAGUGAAUUUUAAUACUUUUAGAAGAGUCUUGUUCUCUACCAUAUGCAUUUCCUUAUUACUUUACAUUCUGUAUUUUUUCCAUUCACCUUGCCUACCUAUCUCAUGAAGGGAUUUGGACUUUGUGAUUAAUGUACUUUGAUAGCCAUGGGCUAUGAAAAUAUUAUGUUUUUAAAUUUCAGUGAUUAAUUUUCAUUCUAGACAAAAUAUUUUCUGGAAUAAUUUCUGACAGUUUUGCAUAUAAACUGCUAUUUCUAUGUGCUUAUAGAUUAUUUAGUAGAUGUAUUAAUGAAUACUAAUAUAAUGCUAUAAUAUUUUGGUUUGUUCCUCUCCCUCAGCAAUCAGUUAGAUUCUUGCUGCUCCUCUGCACGCGGAGGAGCCGCACCGGACCGGACGCUUGUUGUUCCCUUUUUUUUACAAGUCCUUUCUAUAGUAAAGUAAGAAUAAGUAAACAGCAAACUCCCAAAGCAAGAAUGAGUAGAGAGAAAUGAGAAAGAACGAAGUAACGAACUUCCCCGCGAACUCUCCAACGCACUCUCCAACCAACCCACACCACCAUGCCGUCUCUCUCCUCCUAUAUAGUCCUCUCCACCAAUCCGUGCUCUGCUACCCACACGCCGAGCGCGCCACUCUCCUCCAAUCAGGAGCGGCUCUUGCAGCUUGUCAAGUUGGUGAGAGGCAGCUGGGUAGAAGCUGUAUGCUCCUCUCCCACCGCCACAUUGUGGGAGAGCAGAUGCAUAGAAUAAGUCUUAAUUCCAGUAACAGUAUAGUCCGAGUUGCUCCCCACAGAUUUUUACAGAGGUUCAGAUUGGAGUACAUUUGUGGUGGGGGAGAGGGCAGAUAAAGGUAGAGAUAAGUGAAAAAGAGAUAAACAUCUUUAUAACCACAUGGGGAAAAUAAAUAGUAGAACUUGGGCUAAACCUGAAUUAUGAGACUUAUAAUAUGUUGACAACAUGGAAUAUAUAAGCAUUACAGAACACAAAAAUGAUGACUUGCAUUAUGGAUAUAUGAUUCCUUGUCAAGUUACUUCAGAUGUAAAUAAAGAAAAGACAAUAGCAUUUCUUCUCAAAGAAUUGGAUAUUCUCAGAACAAGCAAUAAAAAGCUUCAAGAAAAGCUGACUAAAGAAGAUAAAGAACAGAGAAAACUAAAGCUUAAGCUUGAACUCCGAGAGAAAGCAACAGAAGCUAAAAUUGCUGAAAAGACAGCAGCUCUCGUUGAAGAAGUGUAUUUUGCACAGAGGGAACGUGAUGAAGCUAUUAUGUCAAGACUACUGUUAGCCAAUAAGGAGAGAGAUGAAGCAAUUGCCCGAGCCCAGCACAUGGAAAUGUCUCUAAAAGCGCUAGAAAAUAUUAACCCUGAAGAAAAUGACAUGACAUUACAGGAAUUACUGAACAGAAUAAACAAUGCAGACACAGGGAUAGCUAUUCAGAAGAAUGGAGCUGUAAUUGUGGAUAGAAUCUACAAGACCAAGGAAUGUAAAAAGAGAAUAACUGCAGAAGAAAUGAAUGCACUGAUAGAAGAACGGGAUGCUGCCUUGUCUCAGUGCAAACGGCUAGAGCAGGAGCUUCAUCAUCUGAAAAAGCAGAACCAGACUUCAGCAAACAACAUGAGACAUCUGACUGCUGAAAACAAUCAAGAACGUGCUCUGAAGGCAAAGUUGUUAUCUAUGCAACAAGCCAGAGAAACUGCAGUGCAGCAGUACCAAAAACUAGAAGAAGAAAUCCAAACACUUCGAGUUUACUACAGUUUACACAAAUCUUUAUCUCAAGAAGAAAAUCUGAAGGAUCAGUUUAACCACACCCUUAGUACCUAUGAAGAAGCUUUGAAAAACAGAGAGAGCAUCGUUUCCAUCACUCAACAACAAAAUGAGGAACUGGCUACCCAACUACAACAAGCUCUGACAGAGCGAGCACACAUGGAACUGCAGCUUCAGCGUGCGCUGGAGGCCUCCCGAGCGGCCAGUGAGAAAGUUCAGACGUUGGAAAGGCUGGUGGACGUCCUGCGGAAGAAGGUUGGAACAGGGACCGUGAGGACAGUGAUCUGACUGAGAAAACGACAGUCUGGGGAAGUGAUCACAUCUGGUGACCAGGCUGCUUCAUUCAACACUGUGUAAACACUAACGCCUUAACUUAGCAAACAGUUGUUAGAAGUGGGACACUCCAACCACAUUCCAAGCUGAGAUAAAAUCAAAUCACAAAUGUUUAACCACUUUGCUGCUGACUUGAGUUAUUUAUCCAAAUAUAUUAACCACAGACCUUUACCGAUGGGUAGCUAUAAGGUUGCAGCUUAUUUUGUAAUGAUUUUAUAUCUCAAUGCCUUUAAUAUAAAUCUUUUUACUGAGAGACUAUUGUAGAACCAUGGUAAAGUUGGUCAGGAUCAUAUCUUCACAUAUGGCCCUUUCUGAAUCAAAGUGCAGCAAAGUAAAUAUUGUCUAAGCCUUAAUCCACUGUGUUAGGUCAAAACUUCAAAUACAUGCAUUUUUCAAUAGAGAGUAUAUUUCUUAACUCAUGAGAGAGUCUUAGACAUAGGGGUAUGUCAUCUUCCUUCAAUGCACAUAUGUAAUCUUUGUUGAUAUUAAAGGAUAUCAAGUAUAGAUGCCAUGAAUUAAAUGUAUAAUUUGCUUUCUUAAGAGUUUGAUACAUUAAAAUUAUACUCAUCAAGCCAUGGUUUUGUUUCACGAUAAACAAUACAGACCAUUCUCAAUAAAAAUUGAUUAAUAAUGUGUACUUGUAAGUUCA